AUGGCGAUGAGGGACUGUGUUAAAUCUUUUACGUUAAGUGAUUGGGUGGGUGUUCAUAAGUGGGUUGCCUUGGAAUUUAGUGAAUUUUUGGGGUUGUUUCGAUGUGUUCGUGCAAAUAAUGAAUUUUCAGAGCUGAAAAGGAUGUCUUCUUCUGCCAUCUGUAUUCUCGAUCUUAAAGGCAAAGCAAUAGUAUCAAGAAAUUAUCGAGGCGAUAUAGACAUGGGUGUUAUCGAUAAGUUCAUGCCGCUAUUGUUGGAACGCGAAGAAGAAGGUCGACAAAGUCCAGCUCUCGAACAUCCUGAAGCUACAUUCAUUUACAUCAGGCAUUCAAAUCUUUACUGCAAGUUUUCUGAUUCCCUUUUUGUUUCGACAUCACGUAAGAAUGUAAAUGUAGCACUGGUGCUUACAUUUCUAUACAAAAUAGUGGAAGUAUUCGGGGAAUAUUUAAAAGAUGUUGAAGAAGAAUCGAUUCGUGAUAAUUUUGUAGUUAUCUAUGAACUGCUUGAUGAAAUGAUGGAUUUCGGCUAUCCACAAACCACUGAAGGAAAAAUUUUGCAGGAAUUCAUUACACAAGAAGGACACAAAUUGGAAACUGCCCCUCGACCACCAAUGGCUGUUACAAAUGCUGUUUCGUGGCGUUCAGAAGGUCUCAAAUAUCGCAAGAAUGAAGUGUUUUUAGAUGUCAUAGAAUCUGUAAAUUUACUGGCAAAUGCAAAUGGUGUGGUACUGCAGAGCGAAAUAGUUGGUUCAGUUAAGAUGCGUGUCUAUUUAACGGGUAUGCCGGAAUUACGACUAGGGGGCAAGAACAGAUCAGUAGAGUUGGAAGAUGUAAAAUUUCAUCAGUGUGUUCGCUUAUCUCGUUUUGAAAAUGAUCGAACAAUCAGUUUUAUACCACCAGAUGGAGAAUUCGAAUUGAUGAGUUAUCGGUUAAUGACUGUUGUCAAACCACUUAUUUGGAUGGAAGCAGUCGUUGAAAGGCACACUCAUUCAAGAGCGAAAUCACAAUUCAAACGACGCUCUACGGCAAAUAAUGUAGAGAUUAUCAUCCCAGUGGCAAGUGAUGCUGACUCACCCAAAUUCAAAACCUCCAUUGGUACAGUAAAGUAUACACCGGAAAAAAAUUCAUUUAUUUGGACAAUUAAAAGUUUCCCAGGUGGAAAAGAAUACUUAAUGCGAGCACAUUUUAACUUACCGUCGGUUCAGUGUGAAGACCGUGAGGGUCGUCCACCAAUGAAAGUAAAAUUUGAGAUUCCUUAUUUCACAACUUCUGGAAUACAGGUGCGUUACCUUAAAAUUAUUGAAAAAAGUGGUUAUCAAGCUUUGCCGUGGGUGCGCUACAUUACACAAAAUGGUGAUUAUCAACUGCGUAUGAUGUAA